GCUCAGCCUUCUAGAAGCAAAGAGCAACUCUAUAUCGAAUGGCGUGCAUAUGCACGGCACGGACCCUGAGAGGCGCUGAAGAUUGUUCGUUAUCUGAUCGAAGCUGAAGACGACGCAGCACACAGCAGCUUGCCUUUAUUAGUCAAUGGACAAGAUAUCACGGCAUAGAUGGUUUGAGGAUGACGAAAACGAGCGAGUCUGCUUUGCAUGUUUUCCGCGUCCUUUCACGCCCUUUACGAGGCGAGAGACGGCAUCUUGGGCGUGGUGGAGGAGGCAUAUCCAUCCAUCCAUACAUGCAGUCGUGCUCACCAUCUACACGACACGACCGCCGUGGCCAUCAUAUAGACUCGACGCUAUCGAGAUUGGACUCCGUCGGCAAAUGGUCAAUAGCCGUGAAUGCUUGUUCCCCCGCAUCGAGAUUGUCUAGCUCAUCUAGCUAAUAAGCAACUAUGUAUCGAAAUCCGGGGAGAGCUGAGCAAUCGCAAAUGCUGUCAAAUGCAUGUGAGGCAUG